AUGUCAACUCAAUCAACUCCUAGAUCUCAACAAGCGGGCUUCUUCGCCCAGAUGCUUCGCCGCAAAGACUCUGUCAUGCCAACACCAUCCGCGUCUCCCGCACCCUCCAUCGCCCCUUCCAUCGCUUCUCUCACACAGGAUAACGACAACCUAGCUCAAGAAAACGUUCGUCUACGAAAGCGUAACAAAGAGCUAAUCAAGCAAUCGGAGCUCAACCAAGAACUCUUUCAGGAAACUUCGGAAGCGCUCAUGGCCAAAGAGAGCGAGACUGCUGACCUGCAAGGCAUACUAAAUGAGCUCAAGGAGUGUAUCCGCAGGAACGAUGAUGCGAGCAAUGAGACCAUUAGCACCCAGGGACUCCAGCUCGAGGACCUGGCGACGCAGCUACAAGAGGCACAUGAAGCGGCUGCUAAGCGCGAAGCCCUGCUGACAAAGUUGGACACCCAGCAACAACAAUCUUCCACCAAGGAUGAUGACGAGCAGCAGAAGUGUCAACAAAAAUCUAAUGACUUCAUUGUUGUUCAUUGGACUAAGCUUCACGCCAAGGACAAGACGAUCGAAUUCUUGCGAUGCCGUCAGUCCAAGUCUGACAAGCGCAUCGCCAGGCUCCAGGAGAGGGUAAUUGCUGCGGAGAAGUUGAACCGAGAUUGGUUUGAGACGAUCAAGCUUGCUAAUUCAAAAGUCAAGGCGAUCGAGGUGAAGCCCCAAACUGGUGCUUGA